AUGAAUUUUCUUGUGUUGGUAUUCUUUGUUACUAUUUCAACUACAAUUAGUGAUAGAAACAUAUUUGGUGGUGGUGCUUGUGGAGGUAUUUCACCUGUAACUCGUUGGAUGAGAACAGAACGAAAUGAUUCAAUUCGAAUGAAUGUCGAUACAAGUAGUUGUCAAUUUGAAAAUCCACCACUUUAUUUCACAAGUAUUACAGGUGGUGUAGGUCAUUAUCUUCUUACAGGUAUUAAUGCUAUUUAUGAAGCAACGAACUAUGGAUUUAUUAUCAAUGUUCGAUCAAUCGAUGGUGCAAAUGCUAAUACACUCAUGGAACGAUCAGCUCAAUGGAAAUUACAAUGGGUUGGCCUUCAAUCUUAA